AUGCGUACUUCAAACACUCUCGCUGCCAUCAUGUUGGCCAUGGGCACCCUGAGCACCGCGCUCCCCGCCGACGCCAACGGGCUUGGUGCUCGUGCUGAUCCCUUCCAGCCGCAGCAGCAAGGCCCUCAGCAGCAGCAAGGCCAGUUCGGCCAGCAGCAGCAGGGUCCGCAGCAGCAGGGUCCGCAGCAGCAAGGCCAGAUCGGCCAGGGCUACGGACAGCAAGGUCCUCAGAACUAUGGAAAGCCCGGACAAAACUUCCACCAGGGUCAACUUGAUGUUGGCUGCCCGGACUGUGACAAGUACUCUCACCAUGCUUAUGAGAACUCCAACACCAAGUCGUCACACACUCACUGCGAGAACGGUUGCUGCGCCUGCAAGCCCGAGCCAAAGCCCGAGCCAAAGCCCGAGCCAUGCUGCAAGCACGAGCCCAAGCCUGAUUGUGAGCGCAAGCACCACCACCACCACCACCAGCCGUGCAACAAGCCCUGCUGCCAGGGCAAGUACCCCUUCCCGGGAGAGAAGAGGGCUUAA